GGUCGCUCCCGGACGGGAAGGGCGGCGCGCCGCGGCGGCGCUCGUUUCCUCCGUCGCGACUCGGCGGCUGUAGGCGCCCGGGGCCCGGCUCACCGGUGGCCGGGGCGGCGGGGUGAUGAUGGCGUACUUCGUGGAGAGCUUCUGGGGGGAAAGGAACAAUGGCUUUGAUGUCCUCUAUCACAACAUGAAACAUGGACAUUUGUCAACAAAGGACUUAGCAGACUUUAUAAGAGAAAGGGCUACAAUAGAGGAGGCAUAUUCAAGGUCAAUGACAAAACUUGCCAAAUCAGCAAGCAAUUACACCCAGCUUGGGACAUUUGCACCAGUUUGGGAUGUUUUCAAAACCUCAACAGAAAAACUGGCAAGCUGUCACUUGGAUCUUGUAAGGAGAUUACAAGAGCUAAUAAAAGAAGUUCACAAGUAUGGAGAGGAACAAAUCAAAGCUUAUAAAAAGACUAAAGAAGACGUUUCAGGAACAUUGGAAGCGGUGCAAAAUAUUCAAAGUAUCACUCAGGCCUUGCAGAAAUCAAAGGAAAACUACAAUGCAAAGUGUGUUGAACAAGAACGUUUGAAAAAAGAAGGAGCAACACAGAGAGAAAUUGAUAAGGCAGCAGUUAAAUCAAAGAAAGCUACAGAUACCUAUAAACUAUAUGUGGAGAAAUAUGCUGCAUUUAAAACUGAUUUUGAACAGAAAAUGACAGAAACUGCACAGAAAUUUCAAGACAUUGAAGAAAUGCACCUUCUUCGUAUGAAAGAGAUUAUCGAAUCAUUGUCAAAUACAAUGAAAGAAAUUCAUUUACAGAUAGGAGAGGUGCAUGAAGAGUUUAUUAAUAACAUGGCAAACACUACAGUUGAGAGUUUAAUAGAGAAAUUUGCUGAGUCAAAAGGAACUGGCAAAGAAAGACCUGGUCCUAUUGAAUUUGAAGAAUGUAACACAUCCAGUGCAGUUGAAGGCAUAAAACCACGGAAGAGGAAGCCGUUUGGUUUAUCAGGAAUAAUGAAAAAAGAAAAAGAUACUGAAUCUGUGGAGUGUCCAGAUGCAGACUCAGUUAACAUUCCUGAUGUUGACGAUGAAGGAUACAGCAUUAAACCAGAAGCAACACAGGAUGCCAAAGAAAACCAUUUCUAUUCAUCCAAUGAUUCUGACUCUGAAGAUGAUGAACCCAGGAGGUUCCAUGUAGAAAUAAAACCUGUCCAGCCAAAUAAUAGCUCUCAAUAUACCAUGCCUUCCUUGGAUGAAUUAAAAGUAUCUAUAGGGAACAUCACUCUUUCUCCAGCAAUAUCUCAGAGACACAGUCCUGCACAAAUUAAGAGAAAUUCAUCCAGUGAAGAGUUAACGAAAUCAAAGCUUUCUGCUCCAACUAAUGAAAAGGGGAACAGUGACCUCCUGGCAUGGGAUCCACUCUUCAACAGUUCUGUUGAAUCUUCCUCUUCAGCUUCUUUGGCAUCCUCAUCCUCCUCAGCAAGGCCCACAACUCCUCUUUCUGUAGGCACCAUUGUACCUCCUCCAAGGCCUGCUUCAAGACCAAAGCUGUCUACUGGGAAACUUAGUGGGAUUAAUGAAAUACCUAGGCCAUUCAGCCCUCCAUUGACCUCUAACUCAAGUCCACCUCCUGCAGCUCCCUUGGCACGUGCAGAGAGCAUUUCCUCAAUAUCCUCUUCUGCUUCCCUGAGUGCAGCAAACACACCUACAGUUGGUGUUUCACGUGGUCCCAGCCCUGUCAGCCUUGGAAACCAGGACACCUUGCCUGUUGCAGUAGCCCUUACUGAAUCUGUUAACGCCUACUUUAAAGGAGCAGAUCCCACAAAAUGUAUUGUGAAGAUUACUGGUGAUAUGACAGUAUCAUUCCCAAGUGGGAUUAUUAAAGUCUUCACCAGCAACCCAUCUCCAGCUGUGCUCUGCUUCAGAGUAAAAAACACAAGCAAACUAGAGCAGAUUCUUCCAAAUGCACAACUUGUAUACAGUGAUCAGUCACAAAGUGACUCCAGUACUAAGGAUUUUUGGAUGAACAUGCAAGCUAUAACUGUCUACCUCAAGAAAUUAUCAGAGCAGAAUCCAUCUGCAUCCUAUUACAAUGUGGAUGUUUUAAAGUAUCAGGUAUCUUCAAAUGGCAUCCAGUCCACUCCCUUGAAUCUUGCGACUUACUGGAAAUGUAAUGCUAGCACUACUGAUGUGAGAGUGGAUUAUAAGUACAAUCCAGAGUCUAUGAAUGUGCCUAGUAUGCUGUCGAACGUCCAGGUUGUGGUACCAGUAGAUGGAGGAGUAACAAACAUGCAAUCACUUCCACCUGCAAAAUGGAACGCAGACCAGAUGAAAGCAUAUUGGAAAAUAUCUAGCAUUUCGGAGAAGUCUGAGAAUGGAGGUUCUGGAUCCCUCAGGGCGAAAUUUGAACUUUCAGAAGGACCUAGUAAACCAGCAACACUUGCAGUGCAAUUCAUUAGUGAAGGAAGCACCCUUUCAGGAGUGGAUGUAGAGCUCGUAGGCACUGGCUACCGGCUUUCCCUCCUGAAGAAGAGAUUUGCCACUGGACGGUAUAUGGCAGACUGCUGAUGUACCUGUGAAAGUCAUUGGAUCAAAGGAGUGCAAGAGCUCACUCUGCCCUCUAUACUUUUCAAACACUAUUUUAACAUGCAUUAAUUUUCUCAAAAUGUUGACCUACUUUGAGGCUGAACUACAGAACAGAAAAUGCACUUUUAAAAGUCAUUUUGCAAACUUUAUUCCUUUAUAAUAGCACUGAAGUUAACUUCAACACUGUCUGUAAAUGAACAACUGCAAUAUUUGGGGAAAUUUGUUGAAACCUUAGUAAAUUUAUAUAGACGAAGUCAAAAUAGUAAUCCAUAGUUGUAAUGAAAGUAUGAAAUUGUAUGUUAUACUGUAAACAAGAAACCUAAAAAUGUAGGAGAGCAAGUAAGAAAUAUUUGAGCUUUCCAUAAGUAAUAUUCAUUUUUCAGAUUUUUUAACUGCCAGUUUUUAAAAAAAGCAGAGCAUAGGUAGUCUCAUGUAGUUCUUCUGUCCACUCAUGCCACAAAGCCAGCUUACAGAUGUAUAAAAGAAAUGUAACUUGAUGCCUGUGUAUCAUAUAUUAUUAACAUGUAAGUUGUUCUAUAAAGGGGAUUUUUCUGAAGUGCAAUGUGUUACAAAAUUGCAAGACAGCAGAGAUUUACUUCUGCAGUAAGUACAUUUUAUGGGCGUUGUGAUUGUUUGAAUUAAUGCUGUAGAUUUAAUUUAUUUUUAUAUUAAUUGCAUAACAUUUGUGCCUUUAAAAAAAAGCCUGUGCCUAUUCAAUUUGUUACUCACAUGCCUCACUUCCUUUUUCAAAGUUUGGCUCUUCAUCAAGAAAGCACGGUGUUUGUAUAAUACACACAACUAUAAAAAUUCCUUUGACUAGGAUUUAUAUAGAAGGCAGAUUUGCAAAAACUGGAGAUUGUUUUAAAAGAGGUUUAAAAUACUGGAUUACUUCCUCAUGGGGUAAUUGCAAUAAAUGCGGCUGUAACAGAGGGAGAUGCAUCAUGCAGGACUCUGAAACUUUGAGACAGAACUUUAACAUCACCAAAGAUGAGAAUCCUGAAAAAUCACUGAAGAUGGUAAAAGCAAACUUUUAAAAGCAAACAGCAUUUCCCUUCACUUUGACUGCAAGUCUUUGGACUCUGAGCGCUUUUGGGGUUGUGUGAUGUGAAUGUAAACAUAGUACUUUGGGAGGAAUAGCAUUUUAGAAGGGUAUUUUAUGGCAGGUACUGCCAUUUCUAUUAGUUUAAAUCUUUUCUGUAACCACCAAUUUUAGUAUUUGUAUUGUCAUCUAAUCUGCUUGCCACUGCCUAAGCACAGGGGAGUGACACAUUAGUAACAUUUUUUAAGGCAAGUCACUAAUUUAGAAAAUACUCUAUGUAUUCGUAUUAUAAAGUGUUUUUUCAAUGCUGAAAUCAAAAGUAUUGGGGCAAAUUAAUUCAAUCACCUGCAUGUGGGAAUUUUAUAUGACCAUUCUGAAUACCAAUAUCUAUUUCAAAUUCUUUAUUAAAACAAUAAAAUGUGCUUGAACUAAUUCAUGCAAAACCAGUAAUGAAUUGGACUGCUGAAGAUUUACAAUAAAUUAAGCUUUGUAGAGGCUACCUAAAUUCUAAUGUAUACUACACACUUGUGCAGACAAGAGUUCCACUGUUAGCACUAAGCACAUACUGUACUGUAGAUUUGAUUGGAAGAGCAUAUUUGGCUCCUCAUUUGCUAAUCUUAUUGAAUGGUAAACUCCUAACUCAUAAAAUGGUACAGUCUUUUUACUGGAAUCAUAAUUGUAAUCUGCUUUGCAAUCAAACUGUGUUUAACAUGACAAUAUUUUAUUAAUGAAAACCCAAACCUGUAUUGCUAUUUUUAAUCAAGAAUUAAUUUCAUUUCUAAGUUAAAUGAAGUAGUUAUGUUUCAGCACUUUUAAACUAGUCUUCAUUCAGGUGAUUAUACAUACAUAUGCAUUGGGUGCAGGUUACAAUUUUGAAGCCAUACAAGUUUAUAUAGACUUUUUGUAAAGAAAUUCAAAAACAAUGUAAAAAUUACAUCUAGCUAUCUGAUACAAAAAAGAAAAAAACAUGUUGCAAGCUGGUUCUUGCUUCUGUAUACAGCAAUAUCCAUUGUAGCUUCUUCCUAAGAAAAUUAAUUUGUAAACACAACUCUAAAGGAUCUGAAUUUUUAUGAAUUGUUGCUACGUCAGACUGUAAAUUAGAGCAUACAAGUUUAUCUUACAAAAAUUGUAAAUACUUCUGAUUUUUCAUAAAAUGUAAAUUUUAAAAAAAUUUGCACCCAUAAUAAACAUGUAAUAUAUAAUUUAAA